GAAAUCACCACAAACCCUAAAAAAUUUAACCCCUAAACGAUUUUAAAACAAACAGAAAAAAAACUCCUUUUCUCUCCGCCGCUGCACAACCCGAACCUCAUUCAACUCCAUUUCGGACGGAAUCAACAGGGCUCCGACGGCGCGACUUCGCGAAGGUACAAGGCGCUGAUGUGGCGGUGUGUGUGAGGAGGCCAGCACGUGCGAGGGGAGAGCCGAAGGUGAUGUGUUGUGAGGCUGCUGCGGCGCUGGGAGGGGGGUUGUUGCUAGGGUUUCUUGAUGCCGUGUGUUAUGGUGUUGGGCCAGGGUAUUGGGCUUAGGUUUAGGCUAAUUGGGCUUAGUGUUUGGGCUAGGUUAAUUGGGUUUAGUGGAUAUUUGGAUUUUGUAAUCGGGUUGGGGCUUAAUUUAUUUUGGUUUGUAAUCUGGACAUUUGGACUUUUAAUUUUUUUAUUUGGUUUAUUUAUUUGUGAUUUUGGGCCCGGGCAAAUUGGGCCUAUUAUAAAGGCUAUCCAAAAUAACCAUUUUGGGUUUCAAGGAUUUCACUUCACUGGCAAUGGGCCCAAACAACGGUCUCUGACAAAAAAUAAUGGGCCGACUCACAAAAAUAAAGCCCAAAUAAAAGCAAUAACGGUUAGUAGUAGACCAUAAUUGGCGGGAAAGAUCAGCAGAAAGGGUAAUGGCGAACAAGCUGAUCAGCGAAAUCCCACUCCCCAAAUCCAUCGCCAAUGUGUUCUCCGCCCGUAAUAUUUCUACUGCCAAGGACGCUUUAUCUUUAACGGAAUUUGAGUUAAUGGAGUUGUUAGAUGUGGGAUUAACGGAAGUAAGAUCAGCAUUAUCGCAGAUCAGUGAGAUCGUUGCUCCACCAUAUCAAACUGCACUUUCUUUAAUGGAACAAAGGUUUCAAAACGAGCACUUGGGAGGUCAUUUUCCAACAGGCUUGAAAGGACUGGAUGCAGCUUUAUGUGGGGGAAUUCCUUUUGGGGUUUUAACUGAAUUAGUUGGUCCAGCUGGAAUUGGCAAAACCCAAUUUUGCUUGAAGCUUUCGCUAUUGGCUUCAUUGCCUACAAAUUAUGGAGGCUUGGAUGGUAGAGUGAUAUAUAUUGAUGUUGAAUCUAAAUUCAGUUCAAGAAGAUUGUUAGAAAUUGGAUUGAGAAGUUUUCCUGAAAUAUUUCAGAUGAAAGAGAUGGCGCAAGAGAUGGCUGGCAGGAUCCUUGUUUUGAGGCCAACAUCACUUGCAGAGUUUACACAAAGUUUGGAACAAAUCAAAGUUUUACUCCUCCAAAACCAAGUGAAGAUGCUAGUGAUUGAUAGCAUGGCUGCACUUGUUUCAGGGGAACAUGAGCAGGGUGCUCGUAGACAACAAACAUUGAGUUGGCAUAUCUCCUUCAUUAAGUCGCUAGCUGAAUUUUCACGAAUUCCAGUUGUAGUGACGAACCAAGUAAGAUCUCGAAACCAUGACGAUGCCUCUCGGUAUUCUUUCCAAGUUCAGAGUAGGGAUGGAGCUAUAGAGACUCCCAUGCAAUAUGAUUCUCAUCUUGUUGCUGCUCUGGGGAUUCAAUGGGCCCAUGCUGUAACCACUCGUUUAGUGCUUGAAGCUAAAUCAGGUGAGAGGUUUAUAAAGGUGGCAAAAUCUCCCAUAUCUCCCCCUCUAGCUUUUCCUUUUCACAUUACUUCAUCAGGUAUUUCAUUGCUAAGUGAUGAUGGAAAAGAAGUGAUGGGACCUGAGAUAAACGCAAUUCACUGUCAAGGGCACAAUGAAAUAAUCAAUUUUGGAAUGGAAGGCUUGCAUUGAUGUAUCCUUUUCAGGCAUGAAUGAAUUCAUUUCGGAAAAUAAAUCAACAGAAUUCAUUGUUAAUCCACUUUACAGGUCAAUCUAGGAAUUGUUUUUUUCUUGAAUUUCUGUGAAUCUUGUUCAAGAUGAGGCUUCUCUUCCUUUUCCUUUCAACUUUGUAAAUCCUGCAAGAUCAACUCAAAAAGUAUGCUAAUGUCUGUCUUUACAGUAAAACGGUAUAAGGGAAAGGGAACAAUAGUUAAGUCCUUUGUUGGGUUAUCCCUCCCUUUAUUUGUAAUAUGUACAAAAUGAAAAUUUCCCGUCUUUUUUAUGGUAAUAAUUGCAGUAUUAGAGGGGUGGUGAGAUGAGAUCAACACCAAUCCAUGAACAGGAAAUGAUUCCCAUUCCAGACCUCUAUUCAGAAUACUUUUUUAUUCAUAUAAAAGAUUUUAUAUUCUAUUUA